CAUCCUGCCUGCUGGCUGGCUGGCGAUUGCAGGCAGCAGAGCCCCCCCGCAAGACGGAUGAUCUGACCUCCCGCCUCCACGCCUUUUUUUCUCCCCUACACCGACGAGACCAGCGCUAUCGGCUGCGUGGAGCGGACGCCAGAUACGUCAUGGGGAUCAAGGCUGCCCUCCCCAGAUAUGAGCUCUAUCUCUACACGGCCGUGCUGGCCGUGGCCAUGAUAUGGGCCACCACGUGGAUAUUUGAGGCCUCCAGCGAGAAUGUAAACAGGAAGGCGUUCAAACAAAGUGUGAAACCAGGAUGGUAUUACUUUGGCAGGAAAAUGGACGUUGCAGACUUCGAAUGGAUGAUGUGGUUCUCCACUUUCCGCAAUCACAUACUUUUUGCGCUCACUGGUCACGUGAUCUUUGCCAAGCUUUUCACCUUGCUGGCCCCAAAGAUUGGUAUAGAUGGAUGUAAGCACAGGUCGUUGGUCUUUGGCGUGUACGGCGGUUUGGCGGUCCUGGUGACCAUGGGCUGGACCUUCGUCGCCUUGGUUCUGUCCCACUGCAUCGUACUCUACAGCGUGGCCAUGAUCAAAAGCAAAUGGAUGUGCUUCGCCGCAGGCUUGGCCACGCUGGCCUCCAUCAAGCUGGAGCCGUAUAACUCCUGGCAGGAAGCCUUGGUGACCGGCUCUUUCCAACUGCAAGACAUCCUCUUCUAUGGCGGCUGCGGCUUCAGCAUCAUGCGCUGUAUGAGCUUCGCGUUGGAGAACUGCGAGAGGAAAGACGGCAGCUACACCUUCUGUGACCUGCUGAGAUACAACUUCUACCUCCCUUUCUUCUUCUUUGGACCGAUCAUGACUUUUGACAAGUAUCAUGCUCAGGCCAACAACACCAAGCUGACUCGCAAGGAGAGGGAAAUGUGGAACAUCACCACCAAGGCCUUGUUGCACCUGGGACUGAUCCUGAUUGUGGACGUCUUCUUCCACUACCUCUACAUCCUGACCAUCCCCACCGACAUGAAGCUGGUGGGCAAGCUGUCUGACUGGUGUCUCGCCGGCCUGGCGUAUUCCAACCUGGUGUACGAUUGGUUGAAGGCCGCCGUGAUGUUUGGCGUGAUCAACACGGUGGCGACACUGGACCACCUGGACCCUCCCCAGCCCCCCAAGUGUAUCACCAUGCUCUACGUCUUCGCUGAGACGCACUUCGACAGAGGCAUCAAUGACUGGCUGUGCAAGUACGUUUACGACUACAUCGGAGGAGACCAUAAUAAAAUCUUCAGGGAGCUCCUGGCCACCUUGUGCACCUUCGCCAUCACCACCCUGUGGCUGGGCCCGUGUGAACUGGUCUACAUCUGGUCCUUCUUCAACUGCUUUGGACUGAACUUUGAGCUCUGGGUGGCCAAGUUCUUCUCUAUUCCGCCAUUUUCCACCGGGGAGGGUGCUAUUGGUGAAGCCAUGUCACGCAGGGUCCGAGGUCUGUUCAACGCCGCCAACUUCUGGGCCAUCGUCCUCUACAACGUCCUCUCCCUCAACAGCUUGGAGUUUGCCAAACUGGUCGGAAGAAGACUGAUUUUCAAAGGGUUCCCUCUGUCGACCGUUUCUGUGCUCCUGGUGACCUACUGUGGUGUGCAGCUGGUCAAAGAGAGGGAGCGUCUGCAGGCCCUCAGGGAGGAGGCGGAGGCAGUCCAGCCACUCGAUGGCGGCAAAGAAAAGGCAGAAUAGAUGGACGCAAACGAGCCUUCAAAAACGAGCCGGUUGUGGGUUUUCAUCACCCCGCACUGUCCGGAGAUAUUCACCACUCUUUGGCACAAAGACUCACCUUUAGUGCAUUUCUUUGUAUUCUAUACGAGUCAACCAAAAAUACUUUCUUUGUUGGGAUAACAAUGAAUGGACUUAUUUGGACUUUCCUCCCCAGCAGGCACAAGACACGGAAACAACGUUGAGAACUUGUUGAAUUAGGUCCUGACGUAGAGAAAUUCAAUCAUAACGUUGAAACAACAUGCUUUUUGACAACGUUAAAUCAAUGUUGGGUUCUGACGUUGAUUUGACCAUUGAAUUUUGGUCAUUUGCCAACCAAUAUUCUACAACACAAAUACAACGUUGAAACAACAUGCUUUUUGACGACGUUUAGUCAAUGUUGGGUUCUGACGUUGGUCAGACCGUUGAAUUUUGGUCAUUUUCCAACCAAUAUUCUACAACACAAAUACAACGUUGAAACAACGUGCUUUUUGACGACGUUUAAUCAAUGUCAGGUUGUGACGUUGAUUUGACCGUUGAAUUUUGGUCAUUUGCCAACCAGUAUUCUACAACACAAAUACAACGUUGAAACAACAUACUUUUUGACAACGUUUGAUCAAUGUUGGGUUCUGACUUUGGGUUGACCAUAGACAUUUGGUAAUUUCCCAACCAAUAUUCCACAACACAAUUACAACGUUGAAACAACGUGCUUUUUGACAACGUUCAUUCAAUGUCAGGUUGUGAUGUUGAUUUGACCGUUGAAUUUUGGUCAUUUGCCAACCACUAUUCUACAACACAAAUACAACGUUGAAACAACAUACCUUUUGACAACGUUUGAUCAAUGUUAGGUUCUGACUGUGGGUUGACCAUAGAAAUUUGGUCAUUUCCCAACCAAUAUUCCACAACACAAUUACAACGUUAAAACAACGUGCUUUUUGACAACGUUUAAUCAAUGUCGGGUUCUGAUGUUGAGUUGACCAUUGAAUUUUGGUCAUUUUCCGACCAAUUUUCUACAACACACAAAUACAACGUUGAAACAACGUGCUUUUUGACGACGUUUAAUCAAUGUCGGGUUCUGACGUUGGUUAGACCGUUGUGAAUUUUGGUAAUUUCCUAAACAAUAUUCUACAACACAAAUACAACGUUGAAACAACAUGCUUUCUGACGACAUUUAAUCAAUGUCAGGUUGUGACGUUGAUUUGACCGUUGAAUUUUGGUCAUUUUCCAACCAGUAUUCUAACAAAUACAACGUUGAAACAAAAUGCUUUUUGACCACGUUUGAUCAAUGUUGGGUUCUGACUUUGGGUUGACCAUAGAAAUUUGGUCAUUUCCCAACCAAUAUUCCACAACACAAUUACAACGUUGAAACAACGUGCUUUUUGACAACGUUUAAUCAAUGUCGGGUUCUGAUGUUGAGUUGACCAUUGAAUUUUGGUCAUUUUCCGACCAAUUUUCUACAACACACAAAUACAACGUUGAAACAACAUGCUUUUUGACGACGUUUAAUCAAUGUCGGGUUCUGACGUUGGUUAGACCGUUGUGAAUUUUGGUAAUUUCCUGAACAAUAUUCUACAACACAAAUACAACGUUGAAACAACAUGCUUUUUGACGACAUUUAAUCAAUAUCAGGUUGUGACGUUGAUUUGACCGUUGAAUUUUGGUCAUUUUCCAACCAGUAUUCUAACAAAUACAACGUUGAAACAACAUACUUUUUGACAACGUUUGAUCAAUGUUGGGUUCUGACUGUGGGUUGACCAUAGAAAUUUGGUCAUUUCCCAACCAAUAUUCCACAACACAAUUACAACGUUGAAACAACGUGCUUUUUGACAACGUUUAAUCAAUGUCGGGUUCUGAUGUUGAGUUGACCAUUGAAUUUUGGUCAUUUUCCGACCAAUUUUCUACAACACACAAAUACAACGUUGAAACAACGUGCUUUUUGACGACGUUUAAUCAAUGUCGGGUUCUGACGUUGGUUAGACCGUUGUGAAUUUUGGUAAUUUCCUGAACAAUAUUCUACAACACAAAUACAACGUUGAAACAACGUGCUUUUUGACGACAUUUAAUCAAUAUCAGGUUGUGACGUUGAUUUGACCGUUGAAUUUUGGUCAUUUUCCAACCAGUAUUCUAACAAAUACAACGUUGAAACAACAUACUUUUUGACAACGUUUGAUCAAUGUUGGGUUCUGACUUUGGGUUGACCAUAGAAAUAUGGUAAUUUCCCAACCAAUAUUUUACAACACAAAUACAACGUUGAAACAACAUGCUUUUUGACGACGUUUAAUCAAUGUCAGGUUGUGACAUUGAUUUGACCGUUGAAUUUUGGUCAUUUGCCAACCAGUAUUCUACAACACAAUUACAACGUUGAAACAACGUGCUUUUUGACCACGGUUGAUCAAUGUUGGGUUCUGACUUUGGGUUGACCAUAGAAAUUUGGUCAUUUCCCAACCAAUAUUCCACAA